UUCCCUGAAUAGGGAAAUGCAAACCUGUUCUCCAAUGCACGUUUACUUGAGAGAAGUUUCCUUGAAGGCAGUGAGACUUCCGAGUAAACAUGUGUGUGGCUAAUGGAAACGCUUUGCUCUGGCGACUAGUGUGUUUACAGCAGACUAGAGACAUCCCGUGAACUUUAAGAGAACUUUCGUGAUAAUGCUCCAGUCAAGAACCAGUGGUAUGAAGUACAGGUUCUUGGGCUUCCCCGUCCUUUUCAUUUCUAAGCAGAUGUAUCUCAAAAGGAAAAUGGAGACAGACCAAAAAUAUAUAGGUUGAACCUUGGCUAUGAAAAUUCUUUUUGGCGAAGAAGCAAUACUAAUACUGAAUUGAGUUCGUAUGUAAGAACAGCCACCAGCUCCGCCUACUCUCAUUCUGAUUGGCUGCGACAAACCGGCUUGAGUAAACGCCGCAAUCAUUCUAGUGCCUCCUCCAUCAUUCCUCCCCUAAAGAGAACAAAAGUAGCCUGUACCACCCGACAUCGUGCGGGGGGGGGGCGGAGGAGGGAAGGAAAGCUGGAUGAUGGCGUCUCCCGACUUUCUUACGUUGUCUGUCAAGAGAACUAUCGGGGACGCCGGUCAGGUGGUUGCGUAAAUAACGCCUCCACCUCCCCUUUUUACCUCACCACCCCCAUUCCAGGAGAGAGUGCGGGAGCCGGCGAAGAAGCCCCGCCUUCGAUACACUCACACAUACACGCGCGCGCUGCUGUGUGUCUAUUGUGAAGCUUUGUGCGGGGGAAGGUCCGCGUUUUUUCUCCUCUCUUUCCUUCGUAGUUUUUUUCUCUCUCCCCCCCCCCCAUCCUCACGGACCGCCCCUCCCCUUUGAAUUCUCACAGGCGCCUGGCCGUGAGGAGUGGGGGGGGGCACGGAAAGGAAGAGUUCGAACUUCAAACCCAAACGGACCCGGCUGGCACGAGCCCAACAGAAAGGGGAAGGGCUGAACAGCAGCGGCGGCUAUAUGAAGAUGUGAAGAGAAAGACGGUGCUGCUGUUGUCUAUUGCUGAGAGAACGGGGAGAGAGAGAGAGACGGUGUGCUAUUUCUUUGCUAUUUCAGGAUGCCAUUGGUAAAAAGAAACAUAGACCCUCGGUAUCUUUGCCAUACAGCACUACCACGCGGCAUCAAAAAUGAACUGGAAUGCGUUACAAAUAUCUCCCUGGCAAAUAUAAUCAGACAGCUAAGCAGUCUAAGUAAAUAUGCAGAAGAUAUCUUUGGUGAGCUUUUCAAUGAAGCACACAGUUUUUCUUUCAGAGUGAACUCCUUACAAGAACGUGUGGACCGUUUAUCUAUCAGUGUUACACAACUUGAUCCAAAAGAAGAAGAACUUUCAUUGCAAGAUAUAACAAUGAGAAAAGCUUUCCGAAGUUCAACAACUCAAGAUCAGCAGCUCUUUGACCGCAAGAGUCUGCCAAUUCCUUUGCAAGAGACUUAUGAUACAUGUGAACAGCCCCCUCCACUCAAUAUACUUACCCCUUACAGAGAUGAUGGAAAAGAGGGUUUGAAGUUUUACACCAAUCCUUCAUAUUUCUUUGAUCUGUGGAAAGAAAAGAUGUUACAAGACACAGAAGACAAAAGAAAGGAAAAAAGAAAGCAGAAGCAGAAGAAUCUAGAUCGUCCUCAUGAACCAGAAAAAGUGCCACGGGCUCCUCAUGACAGACGGAGAGAAUGGCAGAAGUUGGCCCUGGGUCCAGAGCUUGCUGAAGAUGAUGCCAGUCUCUUACAUAAGCACAUUGAAGUUGCUAAUGGCCCUGCAUCACAUUUUGACACCAGACCCCAGGCAUAUGUGGAACACAUGGAUGGACCCUAUUCUCUUUCUGCAUUGCCAUACAGCCAAAUGACUGAAUUACUGAGCAGAGCUGAGGAACGUGUCUUAGUAAGACCACAUGAGCCGCCUCCACCCCCUCCAAUGCAUGGAACAGGAGAUGUGAAACCCAUUCCAUCCUGCAUCAGCUCCACCACAGGUUUGAAUGAAAAUCGUCCUCAGUCACCUGCUACUGGCAGAGCACCAGUGUUUGUGAGUCCCACUCCACCACCACCUCCUCCACCCCUUCCAUCUGCUUUGUCAACUUCUUCAUUAAGAUCUGCAAUGACUUCCACUCCUCCACCUCCAGUGCCGCCUCCUCCACCCCCUCCAACAGCAGCUUUGCAAGCUCCAGCUGUGCCUCCACCUCCAGCUCCUCUCCAGAUUGCUCCUGGAGUUCUUCACCCUGCUCCUCCUCCAAUUGCACCUCCUUUAGCACAACCCUCUCCUCCAGUCACCAGAGCUGCCCAAGUUUGUGAAGCCAUUCCAGUUCCACAGGGUGAAAUUCAAGGACUUCCUCCACCUCCGCCUCCACCUCCACUGCCCCCCCCUGGCAUUCGACCCUCAUCACCUGUUACCACACUCUCUCACCCUCCCACAUCUGUUGGCCCUGGGUCUCACAUUCCAAUAAUGCCCCCAUCCCCACCAUCACAAGUCACUCCUGCUCCUGAACCCAAACGCCACCCAUCAACGCUACCUGUUAUCAGCGAUGCCAGAAGUGUCCUUCUGGAAGCAAUACGAAAAGGUAUUCAGUUACGAAAAGUCGAAGAGCAACGUGAACAAGAAGCUAAACAUGAGCGUGUUGAGAAUGAUGUUGCCACCAUAUUGUCUCGUCGCAUUGCAGUAGAAUACAGUGAUUCAGAAGAUGACUCAGAGUUUGAUGAAGUUGAUUGGUUGGAGUAGAAUGGAUACAUGCUACAAAACUGAAUGCUGAUGUCCAUUGUGGUGCUUGUUCUUUGAAAAUGUUUGGUCAUUUCUAGUGUUUUUUGUAUUUUCUUUAUAUAAUCCAUGUUUUUCUACUUUUCAGUUCACAAAAUGUUGGCACAUCUUUGAAACUAAAUGUUUUACAGUGAUACGACUCUUUAAAAAGAGUGGCAUUUUGUUCCAGUAGAACACUAAGUAUUAAGCAUGGGCAGCUGUUGGUAGAGUAGCAGAUUUAAAUUUUCUGGCAUAUUUUUAACUGUGCACUUUGUGAAUUUUAAGUUAUAAAGGCUGAAGCUUGAAGGGCAGCUGUAUGUAUUAAUGAGCCUUACUACACUAUUGAUGGUUUAAAAACAGAAAAGAAGGGUGUAAUCCUUCAAGCACUACAAUUCCCUGUUUCUUCCUUCAGUGGGGCUGGAGUAGGAGAAAACUUGAAGGAUUGCACCUUAGCUGUCAAUGCCUUGAAUAAAUCUGUACAUUACAAGGUACAUGUAGUUCUAGCAGCACUGGACAUACUGAAAGAAAAGCAAAUAAGGAUUUGGGGGGAGUUUUAUUGUUGUUUUUAAUUAAAUAAUUAUGGCCUUAUUUGAAUGUGUUGAGAUUUUCUUUCUGGUACCUAUUGUGUGAUACUAUUUUGCCUGCUUGAGAGUUUGAUUCCCCUCCCCCACCAGCCUUGUGAAAUCUUCCGACUUAGCCAUUCUAUGUAACUUAUGUAACUGUUCGAAAUAACAGUUUGAUUUAAAUAAAUGGUUUGUUUUAAAUGUU